AUGGAGACAGUCGCCGAGGUAUUCAUCUUCGGCGAUCAAACGGUAGUGUUUGAGUUGACGCUACACUCGUUGCUGCACGUCAAGGACAAUGCAGUUCUCACCGACUUCUUUGAUCGGGUUGGGUUCCAGUUGCGGCGACACGUUGGGAGUCUCCCUUUGCAUCAGCAGGAAUGGUUCCCUUACUUUACUACCCUCAUUGAUUUGCUUGCCCAGCACGAAAAUUGCUAUGCGGCUCCAGCAUUAAAGUUGCCCCUGCUAUGUGCGACCGAGCUUGGCCAGUUUAUUAGGCACUAUGGACAAGCAGGGAGAACAUAUCCUGCACCAGAAAGUACCUUCCUAAUAGGGGCCUGCACGGGAGCCUUUGCUGCUGCUGCAGUUGCAACUUCCCUAACCUUAGCAGAGCUUGUCCCUGCUGCGGUUGAAGCCGUCACCGUUGCGUUCCGGACGGCGCUGCGAUCGCUGAUCCUACGAAGUGAUCUUGUACCCACCGUAGAAGAAACUCCGGAAUCAUGGUCUGCUAUUGUAGGUGUCAGUGAGACUGAAGCAACAAGUGCGAUUCAGGGCUUUAACGCCGAGAAGGGGUUGCCUCCCGCAUAUCGUCUAUACCUCAGCUCAGUCAGUCGAACAAAUGUUUCGAUCAGUGGUCCUCCACAUCUUCUGGGCCAGUUCCUUUCGUCCUACGCCUGGAAGCACUCGUUCCUUCCGAUUGAGCUGCCGUACCACGCGUCGCAUCUUUUCCGGAAGGCCGAUGCGGAUGUUAUCGUGGAUGAUAUCCACGACUCCUCACUGCUAAAGUACACGCUGCGAACAAAAGUUAUUUCCGCUGUUUCCGGUGAAAUUAUCACAGCAUCUGACCUGCGCAGUCUGCUGCUUCGAGCGGUUCAGGAAGCCCUCUGUGAGCCCCUCCAGUGGAAUCGCAUAACUGCAUCUCUUUCUCGGGAGUUAAAGCAGGGCCAAUUCACCGACUGUAUAAUAAAUCAAGUUUCAUCACGAAGCGGAACGCUUCUCAGCUCAGCUCUAUCACAAGAAGCGUUUCUCCAAGUCAAAAUCGUGCAAUCCAUAGGGGAUGCCUCUGUACACUCUGCUCUCUCGAGCUCAACAGGCAAGUCUUCGCAAUCAACCAUUGCCAUUAUCGGCUUCUCUGGGCGCUUCCCCGAAUCUGGCUCUAAUGAAGAAUUUUGGGAGAUGCUUUUGGCGGGCCGAGAUGUACAUCGGAUUAUCCCCGAGGAUCGGUUCGACUGGAAGGCCCACUACGAUCCCACUGGCAAGACCAAGAACACCAGUCGCGUCAAAUAUGGUUGCUUUAUCAAGGAGCCUGGAAUGUUCGAUGCUCGCUUCUUCAAUAUGUCUCCCCGGGAGGCCGAGAACGCAGAUCCGGCACAGCGAUUGGCCAUCACUACAGCAUAUGAGGCAAUGGAAAUGGCGGGACUGGUGCCAAACACGACACCAUCCACCCAGGGAGAUCGCAUUGGGGUGUUUUACGGGGUGACGAGUGAUGACUGGCGCGAAGUGAAUAGCGGGCAGAAUGUGGAUACGUACUUUAUCCCGGGGGGAAAUCGCGCAUUCAUUCCGGGAAGGAUCAGCUAUUUCUUCCGAUUCUGUGGCCCCAGCCUGAGUAUCGACACAGCAUGCUCAUCCAGCUGCGCGGCGAUUCAAACGGCGUGUGCCUACCUAUGGCGAGGUGAAUGCGACACAGCCCUGGCUGGAGGCGUGAAUGUGUUGACGAACCCUGAUAACUUCUGUGGAUUGGAUAGGGGGCACUUCCUGACAGCUAAAGGAAAUUGCAAUGCUUUUGAUGAUGAAGCAGACGGAUACUGCCGAUCGGACGCCGUUGGGACCGUUAUUCUCAAGCGCCUAGAGGACGCCCUCGAGGAUAACGAUCCCAUUUUUGGAGUCAUCCGUGGCGCAUAUACCAACCAUUGUGGUCGGACAGACUCCAUCACUCGACCCUUUGAAGGCGAUCAGGCGACCGUAUUCAACCGAAUUAUGCGCUAUGCUGGAGUUAACCCCCAAGACGUGGGUUACGUCGAAAUGCACGGCACUGGAACCCAGGCCGGGGACGCCACGGAGAUGAAGUCAGUGCUGUCUGUAUUUGCGCCUAAUAUGCGCAGGCAAAAUGCUCUGUACUUGGGUACAGCAAAAGCUAAUAUGGGCCAUGCCGAGUCUGCUUCGGGUGUUUCGUCUUUGAUCAAGGUCCUAUUGAUGAUGCGGAACGAUACGAUCCCACCGCAUUGUGGUAUCAAGACCCGGAUAAAUCAUACCUAUCCAAUUGACCUGGCACAGCGAAACGUGCAUAUUCCAUUCAAACCUACACCUUGGCUUCGUGAACAGAUGCCUCAACUCAAGCGGACAGUGUUCUUGAAUAAUUUCAGUGCAGCCGGAGGCAAUACUGCCAUGCUACUCGAAGAUGCCCCAGUUCGAAAAAGUAAUAAGGCCACGGACCCUCGCUCCAAGCACGUAGUGACAGUGACAGCGAAAACGAUCAAAUCCCUCAGGGGGAAUAUCAGCUCUCUCCUGGCAUACUUGGAGCAACAUCCGAGUAUAUCCUUGUCAUCUUUAUCCUACACCACCACUGCCCGACGUAUCCACCAUAGCUAUAGGGUCAUAGUGUCGGGUUCUGAUACCGGGGAAUUUAUACACCGGAUGCAAGAGAUCUUGCCUGGCUUGGAGAGCCACAGGCCAGUCCCUCCACCGGGAAAGCUGCCAAACAUCGUUAUGACGUUCAGCGGACAGGGCACCCUCUAUGUCGGCAUGGGAAAGCAGUUCUACGACACGGUGCCCUCGUUUAGGGAGGACGUUACGCGAUUCGACGACAUCGCGAGCCAAAUGGGCUUUCCAAGCUUCUUGCCUCUUAUUGAUGGUAGCAUGGUUAACCAUCAGGAAGCAACCCCCACCGUAGCCCACCUGGCCCUGGUCUGCGUUCAGAUGGCACUAUACAACUACUGGAGGUCUCUAGGGAUUGUUCCAUCGGUAACUAUUGGCCACAGCCUCGGCGAAUACCCGGCGCUGUAUGCUGCUGGUGUCCUUGCAGCCUCGAGUGUAAUAUAUCUGGUGGGCGCUCGGGCUGCCCUGCUAUCAGAAAAGACUACCCCACGGACCCAUGCUAUGUUGGCAGUAAAAGGGUCCGUAGAGUCUAUACAUGGCGAGUUACAUAACAGGGGGUGCGCUUUGGCUUGCCUGAACCAACCUUUCAGCAAUGUUGUGAGCGGAACGGUUGGAGAUUUAAUAUUGUUGAAGGAUUGGCUCACAUCUCAGGGCAUCGGGAGUGUCCAACUGGACAUACCGUAUGCCUUUCACUCCGCACAAGUGGAUCCAAUUCUAAACGACUUUAAGACGAUCUCUGCGGGCGUUGAAUACUACGUACCCUCUAUUCCUUACAUCUCUCCUCUUCUUAGUAGGGUCAUCCCUGCCGGCGAGCCAGAUGUUCUUAAUGCUUCCUAUCUGAGAAACGCAUGUCGUGAGCCAGUCAACUUUCAGGGUGCUGUUGUAUCAGCAGAGGAGACUGGUCUAGUUAACGAGAAAACCAUAUGGGUGGAUAUCGGCUCGCAUCCAGCUUGCUCAGGCAUGAUCAAGGGCAUAUUGGGCACAAAAAGCACCACGAUCGCAUCGCUUCGAAAAGGGUCAGAUUCAUGGGCUGUGCUAACCGCAAGCCUGGAGGUUCUGUACUCCCAUGGCAUCGAUAUCCAGUGGGUUGAGUAUCAUCGCGGGGUGAUUGGUUCUCGGGAGGUACUCCAAUUGCCACGGUAUGAUUGGGAUCUGAAAAACUACUGGAUCCCAUACAGGAACAACUUCUGUCUCUUGAAGGGUGAAGGCCUCAUUCCUGCGGAACAGCAAGUAGUGUUGCCACAUAUGGAGGCUCCGCGUAUUCCCAAGUAUAUUUCUCCGUCUGUCCAGCGAAUUCUCGAGCAAAACGACGGCCCAGAAAUGUCAACUCUUUCGGCCGAGUCAGAUAUUCACGACGCAAGGCUGGCGCCAAUACUGGCAGGUCACGUCGUGAAUGGCGCAAUGUUAUGUCCAUCGUCUCUCUACGCUGAUAUUGGCAUAACCAUCACAAAGCACAUGUUGCAAGCAAUUGGAAAAUACACCGCGACAGUCGGAUUGGACGUCGCCGACAUGCAGGUGCAGAACCCAUUGAUUUCUCGACCUGACACCGAAUCGCAGCUCUUCCGUGUGUCUGCGUCGGCAGACUGGAGUAUCAAUGAGAUUGCCUUCCGGCUGUAUAGUGUCAACCGCACCGGUAAAAAGACUGCCGAGCACGCUGCAUUUGUCGUACAUAUUACCGACCAGGUGCAGACCUGGCUGUCUGAAUGGAAGCGGCAUGCAUAUUUGGUGCGAAGUCGGAUUGCUUCUCUACAUCGGAGCGCGGAAGAAGGCGACGCACACAAACUCAAGCGACGCUUAGCAUACCAGUUGUUCGCCACUCUUGUGCAAUAUGAGAAAAGCUACCAGGGAAUGCAGGAGGUGGUUCUAGACAGCGAUAAUCAUGAAGCCACUGCCAAGGUGUCUUUUCAAAUUGACGAAGACGGCUUCGUGUUCAAUCCAUGCUGGAUAGACAGUCUUGGGCAUAUUGCCGGAUUCAUCAUGAAUGCCAGCGAUGCCAGUCCUUCUAAAGAGCAGGUCUUUAUCAACCAUGGCUGGGAGCGCAUGCGAUGCGCCGUGCGAUUUGUCAAGGGCAAGCAGUACCAAGUGUAUAACCGCAUGCAGCUGGAGACUGGGACGAACUACGUGGGUGACACAUACAUCUUUGAGGGCGAGACAGUUGUUGCAGUGUUUCAAGGGAUCCGAUUCCAAGGGGUCCCUCGCCGACUUCUUGACCGACUGCUGCCCCCUAAGAACCCACCUUCUAUCCUCUUGGAGAGGACACAAGAAGUGCGGCCAACAACAGCGCCGAUUAAUCAUCAACCGGUGUGCUGGAAAGCUGGUUCAAAAUCCGUACCCCUAGUACCAGCUCCGAAGCCCAAGGAGUCGGUGGGUUCGUCGAGUGGUAUCGCAGCGCGCGUAAUGGCCAUAAUCGCCAAGGAAGCAGGCGUCGAUCCAUCAGACUUGGGACCUAAUGAAGAAUUCGCCAACUACGGAAUUGACUCUUUGCUGUCGCUGACCAUCUGCGGUCAGAUUCAAGAGGAGUUGGAUGUUGAUGUUCCGUCUUCGUUGUUCGUAGACUAUCCCACUCCCAAGGAUCUGAUCGGCUUCUUUGGCGUUGAGAUUGACUCUUCUCAGCUCACGUCUUCCUUGGAAGGGAGUACUGAAGACGACACAUCAAGCUAUGAGACUGUUGCAACAUCAGAGAACGAUCCGGAAGUGCCUGUAUUGGAGAUUCUCCGGACCACGAUUGCCCGGGAAGCGGGCGUACCAAUCAAUGAGCUGACGCCCGCCACUGCGUUCUCUGAUAUCGGGGUGGACUCAUUGCUUGCUCUCACCAUUGUGAGCACAAUAGCAGAGACAUACGAAAUAGUUAUUCCUUCUAAUAUUUUGAUAGAGAAGGGGAACCUGGAAGAGGUUGGAAAGGCACUUGGUCUGGAAAUUAGCCCGAAGACUUCCCCACAGCAAACAAUGCUCUCUAAGCCUGCCUUCGAUCCAUCUGGUGGUCCACAAGCCACAUCCAUCUUGCUGUGGGGUAAGCCCAAGACAGCCAAAAAGAUACUUUUUCUCUUCCCCGAUGGAUCAGGGUCAGCCACGUCCUACUCGGCUCUUCCCAAGCUUGGCAACGACACGGCUGCGUACGGGCUGAACUGCCCCUGGAUGAAGACACCGGAGCAGAUGACAACCACCCUUGAGGAAUUGACAGCAAAGUAUCUUCUGGAAGUGCGUCGACGCCAGCCGAACGGUCCAUACUACCUGGGCGGCUGGUCCGCCGGAGGAAUUUGCGCUUACGAAGCUGCGCGCCAGCUCGCGCAAGACGGUCAGACCACGGCCAAGCUCAUUCUGAUCGACUCACCCAAUCCGAUCGGUAUGGAAAAUCCUCCCGAGAGGAUGUAUGACUUCUUCCAGAGCAUCGGUCUCUUUGGGACUAGUGGCAAGCCGCCUCCACGUUGGCUAAUCCCACACUUUAAUGCUUUUAUUCGGUUGCUGGACGCAUAUCGUAUCCAAGCACUGGAAACGUCAAUUGAGACUCACAUUGUCUAUGCACGCGACGGAAUCUGCAAGGAUGCUAGCAGCCCUCGGCCGGAGCGACGGCCAGAUGACCCGCGUGAGAUGGUCUGGCUGAUUGAGAAUCGAACAGACUUUAGUGGGGCUGGGUGGGCAUCGCUGCUGGGAAGGGAAAGCCUGCAGAUUGAGGUCCUAAAUGAGGUCAAUCAUUUCUCGAUGAUGGAUCCCGGGGAGCACAUGGAGGCAUUUGAGGGGUUUCUUCGCCGGGCUUUGUUGUAG